AAAGCAUCAAAGAAGGCACCUUCUACCUCAAAGAAGGCCAGAGCUCUCUCCAUCAGCAAACAGAGCAACACCAUCCAAAGGUCUACAAGAAAGCCUCUGAUCACCCCUGCUAGAAGUUUACUUGAGUCUUCAAUCAUUGGCGCCACUCCGCUUAUCACACCACGCUUUGACCCAAGAUUGCCCAAGACUCCAGCACUGAGACUUGCACGUCACAGGGAGAAGGUGUACAGCAUGUCUGUUAACGGCUCACCUAUUGUUGGCUGUGGAGAGGACAUUGUCAUUAGUGUCCCCCUCGCAAACGGAGAGUGCAUUCAGCUGCUGGCCAGUGAGAUGGACUCUGUGGAUCUGAGUCAGCUGGAUGAGAAGGCCCUACGCAGUAUCAGAAACCUGCAGGUAUGUGUUGCUGUCACUGAUCUAUAA